UCGGCUCGGCUCGGCUCGGCUCGGCUCGGCUCGCUCGGCUCCAUCGCCGUCCGGCAGCGGAGCGGCCCCCGGGGGACGCGCCUCCUUGUCACCUUCAGCGGGGCUGGCCCGGCCGGGAGGCGCGGCGGCACCGCCAUGGUGCUCAUCAAGGAAUACCGCGUUAUCCUGCCUGUGUCUGUGGAGGAGUAUCAAGUGGGGCAGCUGUAUUCUGUGGCAGAAGCCAGUAAAAAUGAAACUGGAGGCGGCGAAGGAGUGGAGGUCCUGGUGAACGAACCCUACGAAAGAGAUGGAGAGCGUGGGCAGUACACACACAAGAUCUACCACUUACAGAGCAAGGUGCCAACAUUUGUGAGAAUGCUGGCCCCUGAAGGAGCUCUGAAUAUACAUGAAAAAGCAUGGAAUGCCUAUCCCUACUGCAGAACUGUUAUUACAAAUGAGUAUAUGAAGGAUGACUUCCUGAUCAAAAUUGAAACCUGGCAUAAAUCAGAUCUUGGAACACAAGAGAAUGUCCAUAAACUGGAGCCAGAGGUAUGGAAGAGUGUAGAAGCCAUUUAUAUAGACAUUGCUGAUCGGAGUCAAGUACUUCCCAAGGAUUACAAGGCAGAAGAAGAUCCAGCAAAAUUUAAGUCUGUCAAGACUGGACGUGGACCUCUGGGUCCCAACUGGAAGAAGGACCUGGGGAAACAGUCAGAUUGUCCAUACAUGUGUGCUUACAAGCUGGUAACAGUCAAGUUCAAGUGGUGGGGCCUGCAAAAUAAAGUUGAGAACUUUAUACAGAAGCAAGAAAAGCGUCUCUUCACAAACUUCCAUCGGCAGCUCUUUUGCUGGCUUGAUAAGUGGGUUGAUCUGACUAUGGAGGACAUUCGUAGGAUGGAGGAGGAGACCAAGAGACAGCUGGAUGAGAUGAGAGAAAAAGAUCCAGUGAAAGGAAUGUCGGCUGCAGAUGACUAAUAUGACUCCUUCCUUGUGCACUUUUCAAGACAGUCAUCAGGAAGGCCCAGGGAAUCCACACUCUUGACUGACGGACCAUCUCUGGAUCAAGCCUUUCUCUAUCCAAUCGGCAGGCGAUUUUAAACCUCCCAUAGCUAAUUCUAGAUGCCCCUUAAUAUUGUGAGCAAAUAGACCGUCUGGUACUAAGCACUCCAGUGUUAGCACGUGUAUCCCAAGGAGGCAGCUCCUCGGAGACGUGUGACUUAGAGAUCGCUGUAUUUACAACUCCUCCCUCCUCUUUUUUUCAUUGUGUUCAGACCAACUUCCAUGUGGCCCUGUUUGAUUUCCAAGUGACAUUUUUAGCUGAAAUAGUCUUGUGAUGUGGUGACUUAGAUUUUUUCUUUUUUUUUUUUUUUUUUUUAUUUUUUUUUCCCAUGUGGGAUAAACUGCCACCUUUGUUUCUGCCCAGCCCUUCACCGUUCUUUGAAUGUCUGUUUGGAGAGGGAAACUUGUCAGUAUUUUAGAGUGCAAAAUGAUUCCACAAAAUGCUCUGCUUUGGCUCUUGCUCCCAGGGGGAGAUAUUUAAUGGUGGGUAAUCUGAAUACAUAAUGAGUAGCAGCCAGAGAGAGUUCUUGGUCUGUGAUGAGUUGUGAUCCAUGGCUCCUGCCUGGCAUUACUUUGUUCUGUCUUAGCAUCCAUGAAUUAAAGACUGCCCAGGAGCUGUGAUCAGCAUCCCCAUGCUGGGACCUUCAGCACUUCCCUGUUGAGUUUCAACU